AGAGAGAGAGAGAGAGAGAGAGAGAGAGAGAGAGAGAGAGAGAGAGAGAGAGAGAGAGAGGUGCAGAAGGGUACCACGGGCUGCUCAUUCUGAGGUGUGAAACUGUGAACCGCGCGCUCAUCGUCUCCAACGGCACAUCUCGAGCCCGUCAGCGACUUUAUGUCGGACUCGGACGGGCUUGCAGGACUUUAUGAUUUAUGCGACUUCAUGUCGGACGGAUUUCUGUGACAACUCCCUGGCGGACCCUCCGGAACUCAGCACGAGACCCUUGUCCCGAUGAAUGGAGUCGCUUUCUGCCUGGUCGGAAUCCCGCCCUGCCCAGACGCCGCGGCUGCCCUACCCAGAGAUGGACUGGACUCAGCCAAUCAGCAUCCCCGACGAGGCUCAGGAGGAGCCAAUGGAAAUUCUAGACGGGGCUCAGCGGCCAAUGGGAAUCCUCGGCCGGUGGUUGAGGGACGGGCGACACGGCAGUGGGCGGGGCCUCGGAACCUGCUGCUGCGGAAGGGGGCGGAGUGUCAUGGCUUCGGGUUCACACUACGCCACUUUAUCGUGUACCCACCGGAGUCAGCGAUCAGGGAUGAGAUCAAUGGGAAUCAAAGGGGGCUGGAGCCGAUGGACACCAUCUUUGUGAAGAACGUCAGAGAGAACGGCCCCGCCCACUUGGCCGGCCUAUGCACAGGCGACAGGCUGGUGAAGGUGAAUGGGGAGAGUGUGCUGGGGAAGACCUACGCACAGGUGAUCUCACUCAUCCAGAACAGUGAGAGUGUGUUGGAGUUGUCUAUUAUGCCCAAAGAUGAAGAUGUACUACAACUGGCCUUUUCCCAUGAUGCCUUGAGGGGUACCGUGCCGUAUGUGGGAGGAGCUGAGUGCAUCCCGGCACCACCUCCACCAUGUUACCGUAGCAACGCCCCCAACAGCCCCGUCUACUCCGGCCAGACGUCGCAGGAUUGGUGGAGCCGCCGGCCAAGCCCCACGUCCCCAUUGGACAGCAGACGGAGCCCCGUGUCCCCAUUGGACAACUGGACCGAGGGCGGCGUCGGAUUGGCCAGAUGCUCCUCUUCCUCUUCCGGCCACACCCACCGUCGCCAUAGUAACCAGAUGUGGUCUCCGCCCUCCAGUGGCGGCUCAGCGGCGACAGCGCAGGCCCUGAGUGACUGGUACUACAGCCAGACAAACGCACACACGCGCCCCCACACACACGCAAACACACACUCACAACGUGGCCUGCGCCCCCCAACCACCCCCCCCGCUCCCAGACGCAGACCCCCCCGACACCGCAGUGCCUCCCACGAUCGCCUGGCACUACACACACAUGUACCGCAACACACACACACACACGCACCCACACACACACCACCCCACUACCCCCCGACCACACCUCCCUCUCCUCGACGCCGCAGUGCCUCCACAGACAGGUUGGCCGACGGACGCUGUGGGCGGAGCUACAGCAGGUCCGAGGAUGCAUUGCAGCAGCCGGGCUACGACUACGACUACGGCCACGGCAGCCCUGAUUGGUCCAUAGAACCGGAGGGGGUGUGGCCGGUACGCUCGCGCUCAGAGUCGCUGCUGCUGUCGUCCUCCGCCUAUCGCAGGGAAACUCGCCGUCCAUUGGACAGCCGGGACUGGCAGGCCCCGCCCUGGGCGGCCUCCUCUUCCAAUGACAGGCGAGAGAGUCUCCCAAACCCCGCCUACAGAGGGACAGCACUUCAGUUUCAGCACACGCACACACCAGCGUACAAACACUCACCGCAGCAGACCCCAGAACACACACCACAGUAUUACGGACAAGCGACCCAACACACACCCCAACACACACCCGCACACACACCUCAACACACACCGCAGUAUUACGGACAGCAACAGUAUGGAACUCAAAACACACCCAAGUCCCCUCCACAAUACUACAGACACACAUCUCAACACACACACACGCCCCAGCACACACCCCAAUCCCCACCGCAAAUUUAUGGAAACACCCCCCAAAACACACACACACCCCAGUACACAUCCCAACACACACCCCAGCACACACAGCAAAACAGACACACUCCGGAGUCACGCACUCAACAGACCAUUGCCUCCGUCACCAUGGUAACCCCAGACCACACCCCUCCGCUGCAGAGGCCGGCCCCCUUGGUCCUGUGGUCGGAUUCUCAGGGUUACCGUAGCUACAGCCCGUCAUUCCACCGCAAGACCGGUCGGCUUCUGCAGCAGCGUUCCUUUAGCCACGCCCCUUUCACCUGGAGCCCUCCCCUUGACCAAUCGCCGGAGCCCGUCCCUAUUCUCGACCAAUCAGCAGAGCCCGUGCCUCCUCCAGACCAAUCACCAGACCCCGUCUUCUCAGACCUGCCCGUCGAGGGCCAGCCCUCCAAUCAGCAGCCAGCAGGCCAGGAAGAGCCGGAGCCUGAGGUGGUGAUGCGGCAGAAGCCCCCUGGUGGCCGCAAGCCGCACCACGCCCUGCAUCUCCACCUAUCAGAGGCCACGAUGGAGGCUCUGCAGCUAUCAGACGUGGCCCUCGGACUUGGCCCCGCCCUCGCCAGUGCUGACCAAUCAGCUGCCGAUGCACGCCAUGGCAACGAGUCAGCCUCAGCCCCCCUGCACACGAGCGCUGGGACCUCGCCUGCGGCUGAUGAUUGCUUAGCAACCAUCCCCUUUAUCGAUGAGCCUACUAGUCCUUCUGUAGACCUUCGUGCUCGCCUAGUCUCCGCCUCUUCAGUGGUGUGCCCCGCCCCUUCGGAACACAUAACCCCUGUAGGCCCCACCCCUACGGAACCCAGAAGCCCUGUAGCCGACGCCCCCUCCACAGACCCCGUCCCCUCUACCUCCUUCACAUCCCUUCUGUCUCGCAAGCUCCACCUCUCCCACUACAGUAUGAAGACGAGUCGGCGCUCCUCUUACCUUUUGGCUGUCACGGCGACGCGCUCCAAGUCAUGUGACGAAGGACUCAACAUGAUGAGAGAGGAGAGAGCACUAGCGAAUCAGCCAAAGAGAACGAAGAGUUUCUUCACUGAUGAGCCUCUAUGCGACGGGGGUUCGAAGAGGCACUCGGCUUCAGAGCUGGAGAGCGGCUACACUGAGAGCUGGAGGGAGGGCUGGCUGCAGUACAAGCUACUGACUGUAGAGGGCAACAAGAAGGUGGCCAGUGGCAUGCGUCCCUGGAGGCGUGUCUACGCCGUGCUGCGUUCCCAUUCGCUCUUCCUCUACAAGGACAAGCGGGAGGCGGUGCUCGGGGGCGGGACCGGCGAGGACGAGCAGCCAAUCAACAUCGCCGGCUGCCUGGUUGACAUCGCCUACAGCGAAACGCGGCGCAGGAACGUCCUGAGGCUCAGCACGCAGGACUACAGCGAACACCUGCUGCAGGCCGAACACCGAGAGGACAUGCUGACCUGGGUCACGCACAUCAGGGAAAACAGCAGGACGGACAACGAGGAGCUGCUGUCAUUCUCCAAGCAAGCACUUAUCAACAAGAAACUCAAUGACUACCGCAAGCAGAGUGUUGUAGGCAAGCCGGACUCAUCUCCCCGGUUGUCUCGUAUGAAGCCGCCAUUCCUGAAAACCGACUCACCCUCAUCACCACGUUCCCCUAAGUCUGACAGCAAAGAUGAGAGCCCUCCCAAGUCUCCAUGGGGCAUCAGUCUGAUGAAGAGAGGCCAGCGAAGGGUUAAUGCUCCGAAAGCCUUUGGAGUUCGAUUGGACGAGUGCCAACCAGCCACCACCAAUAAGUAUGUGCCUAUGAUAGUGGAGAUGUGUGUGUGUGUGAUGGAGUCUAGUGGUCUGGACACUACAGGGAUCUAUCGGGUGCCUGGCAACAACGCCGCCGUCUCUGGCCUCCAGGAGGCGCUGGACCGAGGAGCCGACAUCAACACACAGGACGAAAGGUGGCAAGACCUGAAUGUGGUCAGCAGCCUCCUGAAGUCCUUCUUCCGGAAACUUCCAGAGCCGCUCUUCACGGAUGACAAGUACAGUGAGUUCAUUGAGGCCAAUCGAAUGGAGGACGCCAGCGGAAGACUCAGAAAGAUGAAGUCACUGAUCCAUGAUCUUCCAGAUCACCAUUUCUACACUCUCAAAUUUCUGCUGAGACACUUGAAGACAGUAGCAGAACAUGCAGACAAAAACAAGAUGGAGCCGCGUAACCUGGCGCUGGUGUUUGGGCCGACGCUGGUGCGAAUGUCAGAGGACAACAUGAUGGACAUGGUGACACACAUGCCAGACAGAUACAAGAUCGUCGAAACACUACUGCAGCACUAUGAGUGGUUCUUCAGUGAGGACACGGAGAAGGAGGAGAAGACUCCAGAGGGUUCUGACGAUGUGCACCAGCCACCAGUCCCAAACAUCGAUCAUCUGCUGUCCAACAUCGGUCGCACGGCAACCUCGACAGAUCCCUCAGAACCGAACUUCAGUGAAUCUCCCAAAUCUAAGGGUGCGUGGGCGGCUCCCGAGGUGCUGAUGAUGUCGGUCAUGUCUGCGGUCACCAAGCGGCGGCGCGGGCGCCAACCAGCCUCUGCCCUCAGCAUCGACGAGGACUCAGACCUCCAACCAAUCACAGCCUGCAUCUCUCCAGAUCUCCCCGCCCCCAAAGCGGAAGACCCCGCCCCUAAAGCUGAAGGGGAGGAGGAGGAGGACGACGACGAAGAGGAUGAUGAUGAGUGUGUCAGCGUUGAUGAUGACGAGUGUGAUGAAGACGAUGAUGACGUCGAUGACGAUGACGAUGAUGGUGGUCGUGAUGACGAUGAAAAGUCUGCUAGUGUUGCCGAGGAGCUGUCGCCCGUGGUGACAGCAGUGGCCAAAGGAGGCAACACCCGGAGCGGGGACAACAAACACCCCCCGACACACACACACGCCUCUUCACCCACACGCAAACACUCCUCUACACUCUCAUCCUCCUCUGACACCACCUCCACACACACCUCACCCACUCCCACACACACCUCCGCUGCACACCCUUCCACCCCCCGUCUGCAGUCUCGGCCCUCCUUCUCCUCCUAUAGGCUGAUGCAGUGUGACACUCUCGCCCGCAAGAGGCAAAAGGGCGGGCUCAGAGCCAAACGCCCGCCAGAGUUACGCAGCCUCUCAUUGGACAGCAUUGGACAGCCUGGUCCCUCCCCUCUAAGCCCGUUGGACAGCCCUGGAGGGUCUAGCCGCUCCCCUCGAUUGUCAUCGGACACGGAUUCUCUUAGUCCCUCCCCGAUAACCCCACUGUCUGCACCCUCUUAUGCAUUCACACCUCCACACACACCAACACGCACACACACACUACCCGACGAUGCCACUUCUCACUCCGACCUGUUUACAAUGAACACACCGGACUCACACACACCUUUAACGGACACCGCAGACACGCACACACAUGUAAUGGACACAGCAGACGCACACACACUUUCAACGGACAAACCAAACACACACACUCAGGACGGCCAACACACACCCUCACACUCACACAUACCAUUGGGGAAUGCCCAACACACACACACAAACUCACAGAGCGCCCCACAACACACGCGUAGAAGCUCAGAGGACACGCAGUCACACUCACACACUCCGUCAGAGGACGCCCCAGACGACGCACACUCGGAGAAUCCCCAACAGCCGGCAAACUCACACACGCACUCAGUGACAGAAAACCAACUCACACACUCAGAGGACUCCACAGACACACACUCGCGCAGUCACAAGUCGUCAGAGGACCCCGCACACACACACUCGGAGGACCCCCAACACACACACUCACUCACACACACCGCAGACCCCCAACAUACACACCCAGAUAACUCACAACACACACAAUCUGCAGACCUCCAACAGACACAGUCAGAGAGCCCACAAAACGCAGACGCAGCAGACAGCCAACACACAGACUCUGAGAACCCCCAACACACACACUCAGUGGAUAGCCAACAAACAGACGCAGGGAACACCCAACAUACACACUCGCCCACACACACCGCAGACCCCCAACACACACACUCGGAGGCCGCAGCCUUCAGUCCAGGCCUAGCAAGUGGGCGGGGUCUCGCGGGCUCGGCUGAGGAGCUUCGGCCAAUGGGAUUGCGCACGCAGUUGUCCCCGGAGACGCGGCGCCGGAGGAGGGCGUGGCGGCGUCACACCGUGGUUACCACGCCGACCGAAAUGUCCGUCGGCCGUGGCAACAAGCCCGCCCUGGUCACACCCCCAGCCCCGCCCACAGAUGCUACCAUGGCAACCAGCCCAUUACACACCUCACGGCUCCACCAGUUCCUCUAACACACACACACACACACACACACACACACGCACACACACACACACACUUUUUACACACGCUAUCAUUUAUAUAAACAGUUCCUGAAACUGUAGCCACCAGGAUGAAAAGGACUGUCACCAUAGUGACCAGAGGAAUGCGGACUCUCUUCAUAGUGACGAGGACUGUUACCAUAGCAACCUGGGGGACAGUGACUGUGUCCAUACUGACCAAGUGGACAAGUCUCUCUUGAUUGCAGCAUGCUUUUGCCAAAGCUUCACACUAACACAAACACACACUCGCAAACAUUUAUAACAUGUACUUUAUACAUAUAAGCUAUUGUUUUGAGACACACGCACACACACACACACACACACACACACACACACACACACACACACACACACACACACACACACACACACACACACACACACACACACACACACACACACACACACAUAGAGACACACACAAACACAUACACACACGCACACACACACGCUCACCCACAGAAAGUAAUAAAAUACACAAAAGUGCACUUAUGUAAAUGUGCAUGAGUAUUGUAAUAAACAGAUAUGCAUAAAGUUAACACACACACACACACACACACACACACACACACACACACACACACACACACACACACACACACACACACACACACACACACACACACACACUGAUUAUGCCAUGUCAGAUGAUGUACAUGUAUUUGCUUGUGCGUGCUUGGGUAAGCUUGCUUUGCAAACAUCUCUUCAGCCCAGCUCGCUUUGCUCCUCUUUACGGCUGGGCAAGUUAACCACGAAACACACGGACAGUGUUAAUUCUACACUAACAUUGAAUUCACAAAUACAACUCAUACUUGGCGUGGAGCAACGCGGCAUCAUGACAAUGCGUAUAAAUCAGGGCUGUAACGAUACACUCAACUCACGAUUCGAUUUGUAUCAAUUCGUAUCACGAUUUUCAUCCUAUGGUUCGAAGCACCCUGCCAUUUUGUUUAAAACAAUUUUAAGAAUAAUAAUGAUAAUAAUUUGAAGCUUGGAAGCACUAUCAUAUCCUAUAAUGUGUAUUUUGUUUUGGGCUGAAGAGAAACAGAACUUUGAAAAGGUGUAUCACGAUUCUGCCUUCUUGAACCGCGGUGCAGUAUUGUGACUGUGUAUCACGAUUUCUCGAUUCCUAUCGUUACAGCCCUAGUAUAAAUACAACACCGAUUUGAACCGUCUAUGGUGUGUGUGUGCACCACGUUUCCUCGUGCUCUACAACACCCUGUGGUUAAGGUUAUGAGUGGUUUUGGUCACGGUCAUUUUCGCCGUUUUCCUUGCUUGUUUCUCUGCUGUUGGCAAAAGUAAAAAUUGCACAAACGCUGCUUUACUGACAGGUUAGGGCUGGGAAUAGUUUUGGGUAGGCCACAGCGUAGCAUUUUUGCGUUUAGCCACAGAAAUUCACUGCGACCUGGAGAAAAACUUGCCUCACACGAGCCUGGUCAUGUGACAAAACUGCUGUUCCACGACCUAACAAGGAAAUGCGUUGUACCUACACGUGGAAUGCACUAGUGUGAAAAUAACACGCCUUUUCAUGAUGCCAGUCUGCACAGAGACAGUAACGGUCAGGUGUGUUCAAAGUGUUUCAAGCAGUGUGCUCAGGUCUUUCACACUGCGUAGUCUCUCUGUGUGUGUGUGUGUGUGUGUGUGUGUGUGUGUGUGUGUGUGUGUGUGUGUGUGUGUGUGUGUGUGUGUGUGUGUGUGUGUGUGUGUGUGUGUGUGUGUGUGUGUGUGUUCGUGUGUGUGUAUUUAUACCAUUCAUUUCAAUGGGACACUGCAAAGACACGCUCCACACUUAAGAAAAAUAGACAGAUUUCAAUAGCCUUGUCAGACGGUUACAACUCUUUUGGUGUGGAGGGACUAAUCUGUUUUCAAGUUCUUUGAACAUUUAUGGACAAAAAAACCCCAGCAAAACUCAAAAACUCUGCACCAUCCCCACAGAAAAGCUUGGUGUGAAUGAGCGCUCAGAGAACCUCAUAUAGUACAUACAGAGUGCUAAACUCAGCUGUCUUUAAGUGUUGAAUUAACACUGCAAAAUGAACUGUGCAUGUACUGUACACACCAACCUGACUGUCGCCAGGGGGGUUAUACGAAGAACAUAGUGAUAAACCAGGCUUAGUUAACCUGCAGAAAGUGGUAAAUAGAUCUACCUGAAAUAGAUCUACUUGUAGGUAUCAUUUAGCUAAGAAAAUCAGGACACCAGGCAUUUCUAUAGAUGAUUUACCUCUACCAUAAGGUUAACUUCACCUGGUUUACUACCGAAACAGCUCAGCUCGGUGUGUUUUCGCACAGUUCCGUGAGCUCCUCACACAUAGGAAUGUGAGCGCGUGUGGAGCAAGACAAAACCACAUCCAUCUGGCGAGAGACAGGUUAUGCACACACACACACACACACACACACACACACACACACACACACACACACACACACACACACACACACACACACACACACACACACACACACACACACACACACACACACACACACACACACACACACACACACACACACACACACACACACACACUUUGAGGCCCAAACUAAUCUCAUAUACACUCACACACACCAGGAAUUACAUCUUCUCAGAAAUGCAUCAUGUUUACCUUUUUUUUAAUUACAAGAUGUUUUUUUUACGACAUGGAAAUGUUUUUGUUUGCGCAGGUACUUGAACUAUAUGAAUAUUGCUUUGUACUGUAAAUACGAGACUCCAUUGGUUACGAAUGGUUAUUAUUAAUAUUGCUUUUUCAAUACAAGACUCUAUUGGUUAAUAUUCAUUAUUAAUAUUGCUUUUUAAAUGCAAGAUUCCAUUUGUUAAUAUCAGUUAUUGUUCUAAAUAAAAGACUUUGUUGGUUA